UCUACCUUUCCGUUGUCUCUCCUCUACCCGGACCUCACAUUUCCAGCCAGGUCGAAGAGCAGACAGCUGCAAUGCCACAUUCCAUUCUGUUUUUCCUGCUUCUGUUAUUGGCCUCAACUAACACAUUGUCUUCACCAGUGCCAGACCCCGAAUCAGUAGUGCAAGAAGUAAACGAGAAAAUAAAUGCAUCGAGAAGAAAUCUGGCCUUCCUUUCUUGUGGCACUGGCAACCCUAUUGAUGAUUGCUGGAGGUGCGACCCCAAUUGGGAGAAGAACCGCCAAAGCUUAGCUGAUUGCGCUAUUGGAUUUGGUAAGCAUGCUGUUGGUGGAAGAGAUGGUGAAAUCUACGUGGUUACGGACAAUGGAGAUCAUCCUGUGAAUCCUAAGCCUGGAACUCUUAGAUAUGGUGUCAUACAAGAUGAACCUUUAUGGAUUAUAUUUGCUCGUGAUAUGGUGAUCCAGCUCAAGGAAGAGCUGAUAAUGAACUCAUUCAAGACGAUUGAUGGUAGAGGUGCUAACGUCCACAUUGCAGGAGGGCCAUGCAUUACUAUACAAUAUGUAACUAAUAUCAUCGUUCAUGGCCUAAACAUCCAUGAUUGCAAGCAAGGUGGAAAUGCGUAUGUGAGAGACUCGCCUGAACAUUUCGGAUGGAGAACGCUCUCAGAUGGCGAUGGAGUUUCCAUCUUUGGUGGAAGCCAUGUUUGGGUGGAUCAUUGCUCUUUGUCCAACUGCCGUGAUGGUCUGAUUGAUGCAAUCCAUGGAUCUACAGCCAUCACCAUUUCUAACAACUACCUGACGCAUCACAACAAGGUUAUGCUUUUAGGCCAUAGUGACACAUACUUACAGGACAAGAAUAUGCAAGUCACUAUAGCUUUCAACCAUUUUGGUGAAGGGUUAGUACAGAGGAUGCCUAGAUGUAGACACGGAUACUUCCAUGUGGUGAACAAUGACUACACCCAUUGGGAAAUGUAUGCAAUUGGUGGCAGUGCUGCUCCCACCAUCAAUAGCCAAGGCAACCGAUUUCUUGCACCAAAUGAUAUUUUCAACAAAGAGGUUACGAAACACGAGGUUGCACCAGAGAGUGAAUGGAAGAGCUGGAACUGGAGGUCUGAAGGGGACUUGAUGCUGAACGGUGCCUUCUUCACUACGUCCGGGGCGGGAGCCUCUUCUAGCUACUCGAAGGCAUACAGCUUGGGCGCCAGACCAUCUUCCCUGGUUGCCUCCCUCACUUCUGGAGCUGGCUCAUUAAUCUGCAGGAAAGGCUCACGCUGCUGAUCCAACGACAUUUCCAAUUUCCAAAACUCAAGGAUCGUUGCUGCAAUUACUUCUAAUCAUAUAUCAGGCGACAAUAAGUGGACGCCAAGUGUCUUUUACUUGUGAUUUUGGUGGAUGUAAACUAAUGGUAAUAAUUAUCACCUUUUUCAUCAUUUGGUCUCACAGCCUCGGCUCCGCUCCCAGAUAAAGAAUUCGAGGGGCUGAUGAGUAGCGUAUAUAAUUCAGUGAAGCCAAUUGUAUCAUGUCACUAGUCCCCAUAAUACGAAUAUUUUAAAAGUUGAUAGGUUUA